GCGGCGGGCGGGCGGGCGGGCGCGGCGCGAGGUGAGGGAGGUGUGGGGGGCGUGGGCUGCGGGCUCCUGCCCGCUCCGCCGCGAGCUCCAGCGCCGGUUUUUCCCUCCGCCAUGCUCUCCCCCUCCCCGCCGCUCCUUUAACUCCCCCCUCCUGGGCUCAGGACUGGUUUCCUCCCUUAGCCCGCUGCCCUCAAUCCCAGCGAGGCUGGGGCUCCGGCUCCGCGCCCCCCUCCUCUCUCCCCGCUCCAGCGCCCCAUGCCGCCCCCGCCCACCCCCCCGGCGCUCGCCGUCCCCUACUUAGGCCCGCUUACGGAUCCCGGGGUGCUGGAGCGUGGGCCGGGGGCGUGAGGGCGCCCGCAGACCGCCCCUGGAAGGGCUCGUGCGGGCAGAGCAGGAGGAGGGUCCGCGUGCGGGCUGGGGCGGCCGCCGGCGGGGUAGUCGGGGCAGGAUCGCCCGGGCGGCCGAGGCGGUCCCCGCGGGGGUGAGCGACUUUGGGGGAGUUGGUGCCCCGCCCCCCAGGCCUUGGCGGGGUCAUGGGGGCCCCCCAUUUCUGGCCGGGGGACGUGCGAAUCGGGGCUCUGCUGCUGCUCGGGUUUUGGGGGCUGGUGUCUGGGCUCAGCCUGGAGCCCGUCUACUGGAAUUCGGCGAAUAAGAGGUUCCAGGCAGAGGGUGGUUAUGUGCUCUACCCUCAGAUUGGGGACCGGCUAGACCUGCUCUGUCCCCGGGCCCGGCCGCCAGGACCCCACUCCUCUCCUAAUUAUGAGUUCUACAAGCUGUAUCUGGUAGGGGGUGCCCAGGGCCGACGCUGUGAGGCACCCCCAGCCCCAAAUCUCCUCCUCACUUGUGACCGACCAGACCUGGAUCUUCGCUUCACCAUCAAGUUUCAGGAGUACAGCCCUAACCUCUGGGGCCAUGAGUUCCGCUCACACCAUGAUUACUACAUAAUUGCCACCUCUGACGGGACCCGGGAAGGCCUGGAGAGUUUGCAGGGAGGUGUGUGUCUCACCCGCGGCAUGAAGGUGCUCCUCCGCGUGGGACAAAGUCCCCGAGGAGGAGCUGCCCCCCGAAAGCCGGUGUCUGAAAUACCCCUGGAGAGGGAGCGAGGAGCAGCCCAUAGCCUGGAGCCCGGGAAGGAGAACCUGCCAGGUGACCCCACCAGCAAUGCAACCUCUCGGGGUGCUGAAGGCCCCCUGCCCCCUCCCAGCAUGCCCGCAGUGGCCGGGGCAGCGGGGGGGCUGGCGCUGCUCUUGCUGGGCGUGGCAGGGGCUGGGGGUGCCAUGUGUUGGCGGAGACGGCGGGCCAAGCCUUCGGAGAGUCGCCACCCUGGUCCUGGCUCCUUCGGGAGGGGCGGGGCUCUGGGCCUGGGGGGUGGCGGGGGACUGGGGCCCCGGGAGCCUGAGCCGGGGGAGCUAGGCAUAGCCCUGCGGGGUGGUGGGGCUCCAGACCCCCCCUUCUGUCCCCACUAUGAGAAGGUGAGUGGUGACUAUGGGCAUCCUGUGUACAUUGUGCAGGAUGGGCCCCCCCAAAGCCCUCCAAACAUCUACUACAAGGUCUGAGGGUGCCUCCCACCUGGCUCUCCUGGAUUCAGCCCUUCUUGGAGUGCUCCUCCAGUGGAAUUCCUGGUUUGAGGGACACCUUUAGCAUCUUCUGGUCCCCUUCACCCCUUCAGCUCCUUUGCCCCUCCUGGCUGGUACCCUCCUCCGCUUUUAGGAGUCCUUCAGACUUCCACCAAACCACCUCCUGCCCGGGGUUGACCCCUCGCAGCCCCACUUUGUCUCUGCAUUCCUGGGUCCUAGUGGCCCUCGGGAGAGGUGCAGAGACUCAACCUUCUCCUCUGACCCUGACCCAAGGAUCCUUGUCCCCCUCACUGAGAGCCGGGGGUGGGCACAGUCUGUCUUUUGGUUGGUACCCCUCUCUUUCUGCCUCUCACUGUUUUUCUCUUCUUUUCUCCUCCCUCUUAUUCUCUUCCUCUCUCUUCUGUCUCUAGGUCUGUUCCUCUUCCCUAGCAUUCUCCUCCCUCCAUCUCCUUCUACCCUCUUGAUUUCUUCUCCUGUGCCUCUUCCAUCUCCCAGGUUGGGGCCUAAAAGCCUGUUUCCCCUCAGCUCUGCCCCUUCUUCUGACCGCUCUU